AUGCAAGGUUUGGCCCGUAACGUGGAUGUGUUGACGCAGGGACUCAAAUACGGCAUAUACGGACUCAUGAACCUCGCAAAUCAGCGCGCGGAUGCCCCAAGUGAUGUUUUCUUUGUUAACUUCAACCAGGAUUGCACAUCCUUAGCUGUAGGAUCAAAGGCUGGCUACAAGUUAUUCUCCCUGCACUCCGUCGACCACUUAGAGAAAAUCUAUGAAAAUGAUACCGACGAUAUUUGCAUCGUCGAGCGGCUGUUCAGCAGCAGUCUCAUGGCCAUGGUUAAUCUCUCGUCGCCCCGUAAGCUCAAAGUCUGUCAUUUUAGAAAGGGCACGGAAAUCUGUUAUUACAGCUACUCUAAUACGAUUCUGGCUGUGAAGUUAAACAGAGCGAGACUGGUGGUUUGUCUGGAGGAAUCCCUAUACAUUCACAAUAUACGUGAUAUGAGAGUCUUGCACACUAUCCGAGACACCCCUCCAAAUGUUGCCGGACUGUGCACUCUGUCUAUUAACAGCGAUAAUUGUUAUCUUGCCUAUCCAGGCUCGAAUACCAUAGGAGAGGUGCAGAUCUUCGAUGCUAUCAACCUCCAAGCCAAGACGAUGAUCCCAGCUCACGAUAGCCCUCUUGCUGCUCUCGCAUUCAGUCCUAACGGCACCAAAGUGGCUACUGCUUCGGAGAAGGGCACCGUGAUCAGAGUUUUCCAUGUUCACGAUGGCGCAAAGCUCUUCGAGUUCCGGCGUGGCGUCAAGAGAUGCGUUUCCAUAAGUAGUUUGGCUUUCAGCAUGGAUUCCAUGUUCCUUUGUUGUUCGAGCAACACCGAGACAGUGCACAUCUUCAAGCUGGAAGAGUCCAAAGAGGCACCUCGUCAGGCUCCGGAGGAAGCCCAAAGUUGGAUGGGAUACUUGACGAAGGCUGUCUCAGCCUCGGCAAAUUACUUGCCAUCCCAGGUGACCGAUGUCUUCAAUCAGGGCCGUGCCUUUGCAAGCGUGCACCUGCCUUUCCAAGGUGUGAAGAACGUCUGCGCCAUCGCCCCGAUUCAGAAAGUGUUGAGGCUGCUGGUGGCCAGUGCGGAGGGCUACUUAUAUAUUUAUGACUUGGAUACAAACGAAGGAGGGGACUGUACUCUUCUCAAGCAACAUAGACUGGAUGGCAAACAGGACGAGGUCGAUUGUGCGACUGCAUCAACUGCAACGGCGACAGCACCAGCUCCGAGCGAGAACCCGGCCUCGGCUACCGUGUUCACGCAAAUAGUACAAAAUACAGCCUGCAUAAAUAGCUACGCGGGGGCGUUGCGCGGCCGCUCGCCAGACUCCAUGUCAGGUACUGAGUCGGAAAAGUAUCACGAGAUGAUGGCGGCGACGGAGAGCCCGCCCAAGGACGGCUUCCGGCUGGACGACGACGCCGAAUUCCCGCCCGUCACCCAGAGGACGGACUGA